AAUCGAAUACCUUAAGUUGCAAUCAGUCUUGCAUUGACAUUUCAAAACAAUUCAUUCAUUCAGCACAACUUAUCAAUAUUAUAAACAUCAUGUCUUUCAAAACUUUAAUCUUCUUCGGACUCUUGGCAGUGGCCUUGGGAUUCACUCUUCCUCAAGAAAAUCCAUCAUACGUCGCUGAUGUUGAUUGGGUCUAUGGAGAUGUAGUUCCAGUAUCUGACGAUGUUGUCCUUGUGAGAAAAGCAAGAUCACCCCAGGGCUCAGUCAGCGGUACCUUUGAACACAGUCGUCAAGAUGGGUCAAGUGCAACCAUUGAUUAUAACCGUCAACUGAGCAAGAACUUGGAUGUUUAUGCAGGAGCUUCAAGAAAUUUCAGAUUUAACGACAACAGUGGUCACGCUGGAUUAAGAUAUCGAUUCUAAAACAAUGUUUAGGUUGAAUUUAAUAUUUAUUUUAAACUUAAGUUGUAAUAUUUGUAUUAUAGAAGCCCCAAAUUUGUUCAUUUUGAAAUAAAACUAAAAAUAUACAUAUUGUUCGAAAAUU